AUGGGGUGCUCACGGGUGACCAUUGAGAGUUUGGCCAAUCCAGAACAGCUGCACCACUCUCCUAGAGCUUUCGACUUGCUGGAUGCACGCCGCGCCGGCACACUGUAUCAGCCCGACGUGUCCCCCCCCCCCCCUGUAGCCGUCAGGGUGGACUGGCCCGUAUCUCGUCCGAUUGGUAACCUUCUCACGAUACUCGCGUUCGUUUUCGAGCAUUCGUCGGCAUUGAGAACGUUGCAUGAGCGGAACGGAGGUUUCGUUCCAUGCCGGCUCCGAGAUUGCUCUCUCUGGCUCCGGCACCGCUCCGGAUGGCCGAACGUCGUUAACACCGCGAUGUCAAAUCUAGGCCCUGAUAAUUCAUCAUACAGAGGUCACGAGGCUAUGGCGCCGAGUCGUAUGAACGUGAUAGCCUUUGAAUCACAACAAUGGAUUACCCAGCCUCAGUCUCACCUUCCCGAACAACCCACAAUGACCGCGCUACGUCCCAUCAAACAAGUGCUGUCGCAUGAUUUUCUUGAGAGCAUCUUUCGGUUCUGGUUUCGUCACUUUGAUGAACGGGAUCACACAAUCGCUCCUACUGUAGAACAGGCCAUGCCAUGGUUCUCACGAUCCAACACGUUUGAUCAGGAAUGUGUGUCGAUGUUCGGUUCUUGUCUUGAGACAAUUUACCUCUCACAAGCGACAGCAGCCGAUAUCAUUGAUGCUGCAAGACCAUCAGGACCUUUGCAUUGGAUCAGCAUUCUCGUUCUUCUUGAUCAGCUUCCCCGCAACUGCUAUCGAGGAGCCCGAGCCAGAAUUGCGUAUACAUUCUUCGAUAUAUUAGCCCUUGAUGUUUCUUACGAAGCGAUUGAGCGGAAAAUUCCCACAGUCCCUGAAGUGCGCUUUAGACUGGCGUACGCAAUAUGGUUCUAUAUGCCUCUGGAGCACUCUGAAAGUAUGGAGGUCCAAGAAACGCUCAGUCGACUGCACUUCAAUAUGUGGCAAGAUUUUGAACGAUUGAUUGAGAAAUCUAGUGAUGGGCUGGAUAGCGAGUCUAUGCACUGCCGGAUGGUUCUACUGAACAGGAAGGAGAACUACGAAAAGUUCAAGAGCACCAUGUGCCAUAUUGUUAGCAAUCACGAAGAAAUGAUCCGGCGCUUUGCUCGUUUCCCUCACCGUAAUGACGCGCUGGUUCAUAUGGCAGUAAUUGCAGUCGUUAGACAAAAUGUGAGGCCUGUUCGUAGUAUGUUGGAGGAUAUUGGGUUCUUAUGGCACUGA